AUGAUGAUGAUGGUAUACGUAUAUAUUCUUCUUCUUCUUCCUGUGCCCCUGUUUAGCCUAUACAACUGCACCCUGGAGCCGGAGGUGGGUCCAUGCCGAGGUUCCUUUCAGCGCUUCUUCUACAACAUCAACACUGCCCAGUGUGAAGUCUUCAACUAUGGUGGUUGUCAAGGCAACGCCAACAACUUCGAGGAAGUUGAAGCUUGCCAGGCUUUCU